UCUUAUCGUGAGUGUUAGUUUUGGCACAAUGUUGCUUCGGGCUGGUCUUUUGGCCUGUGUGAGUACAGUACUAGCAGUUCCUAUCUUUGCCCCUGUCUACCAGACAGCUAUUCACGCAGUUCAACCCAUUACUUAUCCCAGAUACGCAUUCAACUAUGGAGUAAAGGAUCCGCACACAGGCGAUAUUAAGUCACAACAAGAAGAGAGAAAUGGCGAUGUUGUAAGAGGAAGCUACUCACUAGUGGAGCCUGAUGGAUCUACGCGAACGGUGACAUAUACUGCUGAUGACCAUAAUGGUUUCAAUGCUGUUGUACGAAAAACUGGGCAUUACACGCACCCAGUACGGGUUCACACCUCUGCCCUCGCACCUGCCGUUCCGUUAAUACCUUCACUCCCAGUUCCAGCAUUCUUUGGUUAAGAAACAAUUAAAAAGUAUGAUUUAAGAACAACUGCGAUUUUAUUCUGUUUUGAUGACUGUUUGACGAUUGUGGGAUGGGUAUUUUAUGUACGUUAUAUGUUAAGUAAU